AUGAUGCUACCACUUGUCCUGUAUGACACCCUCUCUGAGCUACCAGGCAAGAACUGGUCACCCAGCACUGCAAAGCCGAGGUUUGUUUUGAGCUACAAGGAUCUUCCAUUCGUAACCCUCUGGGUCGAAUACUCAGACAUCCCCAUCGCUAUGAAGGCCAUCGGUGCAAAGCCAAACAAACGCCGAGACGGCUCGGAUAUGUAUACCGUCCCCGUCCUCAGCGACCCCAACACCGGUGCCCUCAUUACUGACUCCCUCGAAAUUGCCUCCUACCUCGAAAAGACAUAUCCUGAGAAGCCCAUCUUGCUCGACAACUCAGAACCCCUGAUACGCGCGUUCGGCUCGGCCAUUGCAGGCUUCAUUCGACCUGCUAUGAAGUCUAUCUUCGCACGAACCACAGAAAUAUUAAGUCCCGCCAGUGCCAAGUUCUUCAUUGGAUCUCAUUCGGCAGACGCCCCGUUGCCUUGGGAUGCGAGUUACGAUGAAGACUGGGACCUACUAGAGAAGGGGUACAAUAUUGCGUACGAAUGGUACCAGAAGACUGAGGGGAAGUGGGUCAUGGGCGAUACUUUUUCGUAUGCGGACAUCUUUGUUGCUUGUAGUUUGCUGUGGUACAAACGAGUCCUGAAGGAGGAUGAGUGGGUCAGGAUCAGUUCUUGGAAUGGGGGGAAAUGGGCCCAAGUCCUUGCAGAUGUUGAGAAGGAGUGCAAAUUGGCGUAG